AUGCCAGGAGAGCGUGCGCCAGAGCUGGGUUCAAAAGCUCCGAACCAGGGGCGUGAGAAGUUGAUCCACGAGCUAGAGGAAGAGCGCCGCCUGCGACUGGAAAGCGAAAAACGUGUACGGGAGGUGACCGAGGAGUCCGAGCUGGGACGGGCCCACAUGGUGUCUCUACAGCAGCAAUUCUCCAGGAUGGAAGAGACUGUGCGGACGCUGCUGCAGAACCAGGGCCUGGAACCUUCUGCCCUGGACACAGCGGACCUCAUGAAGGCUUACAAGGAGCAGAACUCAGCGCUGGCCGUGGAGAACGAAAACCAGAGGACGCAGUAUGAGAGAUGUCUCGACGAGGACCUUCGCGAAGAGUGCGUGAAACUGCGUACGCGAGUUUUCGACCUGGAGCAGCAGAAUCGGGCUCUGAGCAUUUUGUUUCAGCAGAAAAUCAAGCCCGCGUCCGACCUUCUCCUACAGUCUUCACUGACCUGGGAGAAGAGACUGACUUUGGGCCGUUCCUCCCCAAGCCUUAUCUACCACCCACCUGAGGAGCCGGUCCCGACCAGACGUAAGGAGGGCCGCAUCUUGCAAGGACUUCGCAAACUUCAGCGGAGGAAACACCGGAGCGCAUCUGCUUCGAGGGUCUCCAAAUCCUGCAAGGACAAGGACUGCAUGAACUCCAAUGAGGGAAUCUACUCCCUGGGUUUCAAGGGGGGCGUUAAAGAUGUUUCCAAGACGCCACAAGAACAAGAAAAAGUUGCUGCCAGUGAGGCCAAAAAGACUGGACCCUCCCUGGCAAACUGGUUCGGCCUGCGCAAAAGUAAGCUGCCAGCUCUGAAUGGAAAGAAAGCUGACUCCCCCAAGGGGAAGGAGGAGAAGAAGGAGCUUAAGAUUGGAUCAGUGCUGGGAGUCAAACCGAAAAAGGAGAAAAAGAAAAGCGAUAGCCAGCAAGAUAGCCCGGCAACAAACCUGGGGGAGGUGAACAACAAGCUGAGUACCAUCAUGGACCAUUGCAACAACCAGAUGGGUCAGAUCGCCACCCAGAUCCAGUGCACCACCGCAUUCAUUGGUAAAGACCAGUUGGUGAAGGAGAUUCUUGGCAGGACGGCGGUGAAGGGCAGCUCAGUGGCAGCUCCGCAUGGGAUUAUGUCACCAAAGAAAAGUGUGGAAAUGGAGGAGGGCAUGUGUCAUGAUAGCUCGAUACUGAUCAUGAGUCCGAAGCUCAAGCCGAAAGCAGACAGCGAUGACGGGCACAUCAUGGACGCCUCCUGUCAGGACCACAUGAUCGUGGAGCAGAGUGAGCAGACCCUGAAGAGGUGCAGCGUGGGUACUGGUCUCUCCAUCAUGGACUACUACCAGCAUGAAGUGUUCCCCUGUCUGGAGGAGGCCAAGAGACUGUCCCGCUACAGCCUGCUGCACCAGGAGGGGGCGCUGGAGGGGAAACCUGCCGACCGCCUGAGCGUAAGAAUCACCGGAGACUGGAGGAACCAUCUCUCUGAGGAGCAGGCCCAGCACUUUGAUUCUGUCUAUGAAGAGAAAAUGAAAGAUGUGGAUUUCAAAUUCAACUGGGAUUAA